AUCAGUAUCUGCCUCGAAUGACUCACUUGUGAUUUUUUCAUAAAGUUAUAACGAAGUUGUUGUUAUUUUAAUCGCAGUUAUCUCAGCACAGUUGUUGGAAAAGGUAUAAUUUGUUUUGAAAUCAAGAAUUUAUUAUUGGGCUGCAUCCGCAAUAAAAAUAAUUGUAUAAACAUGUUGCUGAUCAUAUUUCUCAUAUCUGUGAUCAGUCUGAUAUACCUGAGGUGGACUUAUACUCGUGAGUACUGGAGGAGGAGGAAUGUGCCGUACUUACCUCCCUAUCCUAUGGUGGGGAAUCUCACGUUCUUACAGAGGGUUAACCCGGGGAUAUGGAUGCGUCAGCUGAACCAUUUUGACCCCUACGUGGGAGUCUGGUGGUUCUGGAGGCCGGUCCUCAUCAUCAACAGCCCGGAGAUAGCCAAGAAUGUCCUGGUGAAGGACUUUGGUAACUUCAAAAAUAGACUCCUGGCUUCUGGAGCAAAUGAUCCUUUGGGAGCACUCAAUAUAUUUACUGUUGAUGAUCCCAUCUGGUCUGAAGUGCGAAGGUCGCUUACCAAAGUGUUUUCUUCAGCGAAACUGAAGCAGAUUCACCCCUUCAUGAUGAGCAAGUCAGGCCAACUUGUGCAACGGAUUAAGAAGGAUAUUGACACAGAAAUUAAUUUGAGGGAGGUAUUCGUGGACUACACCACCGACAUCAUCAGUACUUUCGCUUUCGGUAUAGAGAGUGACGCGACGCUGACAGGCGAGGGGCCGCUGCGGACCGUCGCCACGGGGUUCAUGACCUACGAUCUGUAUAGAGGGCUGGCCUGGUGCAGCAUCUUCUUCUGGCCAGAGCUGGUCGAGCUGUUCAGAUUUACGUUUUACCCGAAAUCAGCUACGGACUACUUUAGACGGGUCAUUGACACCUUGUCCGCUCAGUAUGUUGAGAAGGGGAACAGUGGACAGAGUGUACUGGACAUACUCAUACGGUUGAGGGAGGAGAAUCAAGAUUCUGAAUUGUACACAAACGACCUGAUCGUGGCUCAAGCGGCCAUAUUCAUGUUGGGAGGUUUCGACACCACGGCGUCCAUGAUCACCUUCAUCAUAUAUGAGCUGGCACACAAUACAGAAAUACAGGAGAAAUUGUUCGAUGAACUUGAAAACGCAAAACAAAUGUCCAACAAUCCCUUUGACUACAAACAACUAUCGGAGUUAAAUUACUUGGACUGCGUUAUUAAAGAGGGUCUAAGAAAAUAUCCACCGAUGGGUUGGCUGGACAGAAAAGCUAUAGAAGAUUAUAAUAUUGACGACAAACUGACCAUCAAAGCAGGCACUCCUAUCUAUGUAAACACUAUUGGCAUGCAUUACAAUCCAAAAUAUUUCCCAAAUCCAGAAGAAUUUGAUCCCGAUAGGUUUUUACCUGAAAAUGAGAAGAACAUCCAACCUUAUACUUACAUGCCGUUUGGAGACGGACCUAGGAAUUGUGUUGGGCAAAGAUUCGCAAUGCUGUCCCUACGAACAGCGGUAUCAAAGAUCAUCUCCAACUUCAGAAUAUCACCUUUGCCGAAUAAACCUGUACCCUCCAAGGUACAGAUAGAAAGAAGAGGAUUGUUUUAUUCGCCCGGUGAAAAACUCAGUGUAAAAUUUACAUCUAGAGUAUAAAUAAAAGAUCUGAAGAUUUA